AAAUGAUAAUCUUAAUCCAACAAUUAAUAAACGCAUUUGAGCAAUGAUAAACAAGUAGCACACAGAAAUUAGGCUACAGAAAGAAGAGCAGAAAUAAUAGGCUAGAUGUAAAACAAGAGUAGGCUAUACUACAUUUCUCAUGCAUAGCCUAAUCUAAUGGAUAGUAGCCUAUAUGAAAUAGCAAUAUUGGCAAUCACAUGUCGAAAAGCGAAAAAAAUCAGUCCAAACCACACACUCGACAACAAAUCUUACAGCAUUGUUCACGAUCUACAUGGAAAAUCCAUCCCAUGUUUUAGCUGUUAAAGAAAUUGCCAACUCCCGUUCAAUAAUUCUAUUCUGUGGCCCUAUUCAAUAUCACAGGUUCAUGUUCAAUAACUCCAUUCCACGCCCAUGUUCAAUAAGCGAUGUCCCUGUUCAAUUGCUCCGCUCCGUGUUUUGCGCGCGCUCCCCCUCCUUUCUACUGAACUCCAGCCCCUCGCUCUCUCUGUAUCAGCCUCUCACUCCGUCUCAAUAUGUCUCAAGAUGGCGGCCAAUGCGGGAUCGAUGUUUCAAUAUUGGAAGCGCUUUGAUUUACAGCAGCUGCAGAGAGAACUGGAUGCCACCGCCACAGCCCUGGCCAACAGACAAGAUGAGAGUGAGCAGUCUAGGAAAAAGCUCAUCGACCAAAGCCGUGAGUUCAAGAAAAACACACCAGAGGAUCUGCGAAAGCUGGUAGCUCCGUUGCUCAAAGGCUUCCAAGCAGAGGAUGACCCAGUUAGCGGCGAUGCCAGGACUGGCUGGCUGCUCACACUCCCAGAGCAGUGGAGGAACGCGCAGUCAGCAGCAAGGCUAAGACCCGGACGUGGCUCUCAGGAGACAUGUGACACCUCCGCAGACACACACACACAGAGACAUAGACCUUACACUUACAUACAGUACACGCAGAUAGAGUAGGUACACACACAUACACACACACGCUGCCUCAGGGCUGCUCGGUGCAACCUCAACAACAGCCAUACACAUGAAGCCUCUGAACCCCACAGUAGGCGGGAGUUAGAUCCUGCUGUCAAUCAAUAGCUCACAUAGCUAGGCCAAUGGGACACCUUUCUUACUCUGAUACACUACAGGUAGAAGUCUGCAAGUGUAUAAAAAAAGUUUACCAAGGUUAAAUGGUGAGUAAAAUGUAAGUUUUACGGUUUAUUAGUCAUAUGUACAGGAUACACAUGCUAUACACGGUGCAACAAAAUGUUUACUUGCAGAAGAACAGUACAAUGGGUCAUUUUGACAAAUAAUUUGUAUUUUUGAAAUCUUUUUGAAUCAAGGUUAUACUGUGUUAUUUUCCUCUGAAGAUUGGUAGCGCUCCUAUUACAUCCAAACGUCAUACAAUGGCUAUCUAUAUGUGAGGAAAUGAUUUGAUUGACAGCGCAUGAUAACGAGGUGGUUUAAUGUAUAUAGCGCAGCUGAGGCUUUUAGGUGUGUGUGUGUGUGUGUACCACAGAUGGUAUAAAAGGGUGUGUGUGCCACAGAUGGUAUAAAAGGGUGUGUGUGCCACAGAUGGUAUAAAAGGGUGUGUGUGCCACAGAUUAUAUAAAAGGGUGUGUGUGCCACAGAUGAUAUAAAAGUGUGUGUGUGCCACAGAUGAUAUAAAAGGGUGUGUGUGAUGGUGUACAUGGAGGACUCACCACUAAUAUAGCUGCUUACAUGUAAAGGAAAGCUGAUAAAAAAAAUGCAUCAAAUACGAGAGGGGUGGAUUAUUAUUUGUGUUAUAUGUAUAACCAACCAUGCUAUUGAAAUAGGUUUGGACAAAACCCUUUCUCCUCUCUUGCCAGCUGUUGUCCAGUGUGUGUCAUUGAGGGCAAGCGAGGGUUCAGGGAAGAGUAAUCUGUGACCUGUGUUUGACCACCUCUCCCUACCUCUCCAAGGACAACGGAGGAAUAUGAUGCAGUAUUUGACUUGGUCCGUGACGGGUCUCCAAAAUCGACGCGGUGAGUAAAAGAAGUAAGGAGUCAGAGGCUGCCUUCCUAAGCGUGUACAAGAGAUUCAUCGAUGUCCCAGACCCUGUGUCGGCCCUGGAGGCUACCCAGCAGCUACAGCUGAAGGUCCAGAGGAUGCACGACAUCGAGACGGAGAACCAGAAGCUCCGCGAGACGCUGGAGGGCUACACCCAGGAGAUCGCUGAGGUCAAGAACCACGAGGUCACAAUUAAAGCACUUAAGGAGAAGAUAGAAGAGUAUGAAGAGACCCUGAAGAAGCAGGCCAAGGAGCUGGGCCAGGAGGAGAGGAGAGAGGAAGAGAAGGAGAAGAAAGAGGGCGAGGAUGGGCAGCUCCACAACAACCAUGCAGAGGAGGCGUGUCAACAACAGGAGAACCAGGAGUCUGCAGUGUCAAAGCUGGAGGAGGCAGACAGUAAGGCCCAGUCCUUACAGACAGCACUUGAAGCAACUCAGGCAGAGCUUUUGGACCUGAAGAGCAAGUAUGACGAAGAGUCAACAUCAAAGGCCAAUGAGAUUGAGGUGGUGAUGUCAGACCUGGAGAGAGCCAAUCAGAGAGCGGAUGUAGCGGAGAGGGAAGCAGAGGCUCUUCGGGAACAGCUGACAUCCGCCAACAAGUCUCUCCAGCUUGCCACACAGAUCCAGAAGGCCCCUGACAUGGAGCAAGCCUUGGAGGUUCUGUCACGCUCCAGUCUGGAGGUGGAGCUGAACGCAAAGGAGCGGGAGGUACUGCACUUGGCUGAGGACGUGCAGAGACUGCAAGCCAGCCUGGCCAACGUCCGUGAGAACUCGGCCUCGCAAAUCAGCCAGCUGGAGCAGCAGCUCAGCACCAAGGAGAGCUCACUCAAGCAACUGGAGGAGAAACUGCAGGAGCAGGCAGACUACGAAGGCAUCAAGAAAGAGCUCAGUUUCCGCAAGUCAGUAGAGUUCGGCUCUUCAAAUUACUCUUCAGCACAGGACUCUAAGAAGCCUCUGGAGUUGUUGUUGGAGAAGAGUCGAGGCCUGCAUUCUGAGAGCUCCUCCCUGCGCCUGAACAACAGUGAGCUGAGUAGUUUGAGAGAGCGAAAGGUCAAAGAGUCAUCAGAGGGACAACAGCGUCUCUGCACCACACCCAUGGGCACCAACUUGAAGGGCUCCCCUCCCCCUCCCUCCUCUCAGCUCCUCCUGCGCACUAGCUCAGGUGGUUCCUCCGACACCACCCCUGUCACUGCCGCCAAUGGCACACACCACUUCUCGCCCACGAGUGGCGGGCUGGGUGGGCAGGACUUCUUCAGCCCCUCCUCUCUGGCGUCGGCGGGCACCGCUUUCCCCCUGGGGGGCAAGGUGGUGCUCAACUCCCUGCUGCAGCGCCAGCUCAUGCAGACCUUUUACUCCAAAGCCCUGCAGGACUCCGUGUCCGCCUCCGGCCAGGCCCUGCUCUUCUCCCCUUCCAACUACCCCACCCAUAACUCCCUUUCAGCCAGCCCCCUACCACCCCAUCAGUCUUUGCAGUCGCAAUCCCAGCACCCGUCAGCGGGCAGCCCGGAUGUCAACGGCCUCGCCCCCUCGCCCAGCCAGUCAGAAGGGGCGGGGAGCGUCUCGGAAGGCGAAGACAUGGACACGUCUGAGAUAGCGCGUCAGGUCAAGGAGCAGCUGAUCAAGCACAACAUUGGGCAGAGGAUCUUCGGCCACUACGUGCUGGGGUUGUCCCAGGGCUCAGUCAGUGAGAUACUGGCCAGGCCCAAGCCCUGGAACAAGCUGACCAUCCGGGGCAAGGAGCCCUUCCACAAGAUGAGGCAGUUCCUGUCUGACGAGCAGAACAUUCUGGCACUGCGCAGCAUCCAGGGGAGGCAGAGAGAGAACCCAGGCCAGAACCUGAACAGAGUGUUUCAGGAGGUUCCGAAGCGAAGAACCGGCUCCGAAGGCUCCUCGAGGCCAGGUAACAUCACCACGCGGAUCCGCACCUCGGAGAGUGGCUCAGAUGAGGCCAUCAAGUCCAUCCUGGAACAGGCCAAGAGAGAGCUGCAGGUUCAGAAGGCUGAUGGUGUGGAGGACAGACAGCGACGACAGACAGGUUACCCCCGAGGCAUGGGCAACUAUUUUGCAAAAUAUGCACAAAGUCUCAGACUUGACUCGUCCCAGCCCCCUCCCUCGUCCAGCAUUGGUGGUGGUGGAGGUGGUAUCGGCUCAGGUGGAUCCUCCAGCUCAGACGAGACCAUUCGCUCCAUCCUAGAGCAGGCAAGGAGAGAGAUGGAGGCCCAGCAGGCCGCCCUAGAGCCCAUCCUCAAGGCAUCCUCCAUGGGCCCCUCCGACCUGGCCCUGCUCUCCCCCAAACUCCUGGGCGCGCCAAUCCUCCCAGCCUCCUACUCGCCCCUGGCCCUUUCCCUCAAGAAGCCCUCCAUCCCCCCAACCUCCUCUCCCUCCUCCCUCCUGGAUUUCCACUCUGCCAUGGUGAAGAAGGAGGCAGGAGAAGUGGUGGGAGAAGGCGGGGGAGGAGGAGGGUUGCUAAUGGAUGGUGGGACCAAGCAGGGGCGAGGCUCCUGGAGGGAUCAAUGGUGGAGCAGUAUGCACCCCGGGGGGCAGGGAGCCACGGCAAGCCUGAAUGACGAUGUGCGUAGUCAGGAGGACAGCAAGGAGAAGCCUCCCCGGCUGGCCGGCUCAUCCUCGGUGCUGGCACCCUCCUCCGUCUCCAUCUCCUCCUUGGACUACUGGAAGGACUGGCCCCGGGCCGAGUCCCCGUACUCCCAGGCCAGCUCUGAGCCUGGCGGGGGCGCCAAAACCCAGGGGCCCAGCCGUGCCGACACACCCCAGAGCAGUCUCUCUCCCCUAAGCUUGGGGCCUCUGGGGUCCCUGUUGACCCCCGCAGCCAAACAAGCCAAGCCUGUGGUGGCGCCGCUCACUCCUGAGCAGUACGAGUUCUACAUGUACCAAGAGGUGGACACGGCCGAGCUCACGCAGCAGGUCAAAGACAAGCUGGCCAAGAACGGCAUCUGCCAGCGCAUCUUUGGAGAGAAGGUGCUGGGCCUGUCUCAGGGCAGUGUGAGCGACAUGCUGUCCAGGCCCAAGCCCUGGAGCAAGCUGACCCAGAAGGGCCGGGAGCCCUUCAUCCGCAUGCAGCUCUGGCUCAACGGAGAGCUGGGCCAGAAUGUCCUGCCCUUACAGGGCCAGCCACAAGAAAACACCCCAAAGACCUCAGCCAGCUGCAGCCCGGCCCCGGAGUCCCCCCUCAGCUCAGCCGAGGAGUCCGUGAAGAGCCUUGGGGAGCAGGGGGGAGGAGGAGGGGGAUGUGGAGGAGGAUCAUCCCAGGUCCCCCUCAGGGAGCCCAGCGAGCCCUCUGAGUCCCAGCCCGGCACGCCACUGCCCGUCCCCGGCCACUCAGGUCUCAGCAUCCAGGAGAUGGUGGCCAUGUCCCCAGAGCUGGACACCUAUGUCAUCACCAAGAAGGUCAAGGAGGUGCUGACCGACAACAACCUUGGUCAGCGUCUGUUUGGGGAAACCAUCCUGGGUCUGACUCAGGGCUCGGUGUCUGACCUGCUGGCGAGGCCCAAGCCCUGGCACAAGCUCAGCCUGAAAGGACGCGAGCCCUUCGUCCGCAUGCAGCUCUGGCUCCAGGACCCACGCAACGUGGAGAAACUCAUGGACAUGAAACGCAUGGAGAAGAAAGCGUACAUGAAGCGGCGCCACAGCUCUGUGAGCGAGAGCCAGACGGCGGACAGUGGUGGCCUGUCAGGGGGAGACUUCAGCCAGGGGGGCAGCCCCCAGCACGGCCUCGGCCACCACCUGCACCAGCAGCAGCCUCCCCAGCAGCACCUGAAGAAGGCCCGUGUGGUGCUGGCCCCCGAGGAGAAGGAGGCCCUGAAGAGGGCCUACCAGCAGAAGCCCUACCCCUCGCCCAAGACCAUUGAGGAGCUGGCGUCACAGCUCAAUCUCAAAACCAGCACCGUCAUCAACUGGUUCCACAACUAUAGGUCUCGUAUCCGACGGGAGCUUUUCAUCGAGGAGAUCCAGCGAGGUGAGGGCGGCUCCCCGUCCACCAGGGCGGGCAAGGCCAGUGAGGGCGACAGCUGUGACGGUACCGAGUCAGAUGGCACAGUGGAGGGCACACGCCCCGGCCACGAGCACCACCCGGCCUCAGAAGGCGAGGGGGGGUCCGACCACAGAGACGACGGCACCACGUCAGCCACUGGCAGCAACGCUGCAGGUACCAGCGGCCACCACAAGGGCGGCGCCCUGGACAGCCUGUUCAGCUUCCCCGAGAGCACCCAUGUUUCUUCUGCGUCUGUUGCCACCACCACUGCUGCCCGCAACCCCCGCGACAGCAGCCUGCGUAAGAAGAAAGCCGCCAACCUCAAUAAUAUCAUCCACCGCCUGGAGAAGGCUGCCGGUAAAGACGAGCCCCACGAGUGGGAGUUCUGAUACGGUACCCCUGCUGCUGGAGAGUGAGAGUUACUAUUUUUCUAGUGCCCUGACUGCACAGUUCCAAGGCCAAGACUGGAGCAGUGCUGCCAGAGAGGAACUGGCAUCUUUUACGACUUUUCAUAUCAAAGAGGGUUCAUAGAUUUUUUUCAAGAAGCGAAACAACAGCAACAACCUGGCUUUGUUUGGAGAUAAAGCACUUAACAGCCCUGCUGGCCACAGGGCCCUAACACCACCGGCCAAAGGUGCGGAAGAGACAAAAGACUUGCGCUACUCACAAAGGAGCGUCACUCCACAGGAGGAAACUGUCACGAGAAGCAAUUAUGUGUUUUAUUUGUGUGCGUGUGUGUGUGUGUGUGUUUCCCUUUGAGAGAUUUAUUCACCACCUCAAAGUUUUUCUAACCUUGUUCGCUCAGUGAGUUUUCACAUCUAGUAGACUAACUGUUACAAUGUUUUCCCUUUUUUCUGUUUUCUAAGAGGUUCUUUCUCCUCAUAACUCCAUUGCAGUUCUUUGGCUUUCUGAUAGGAUCGUCAAACAAAAAAAGAGAAUGAAAAGCCAAGCAUUUAGAAAAUUAGUCUGCAGGAGAGGAGAACCCUUUCCCAAGCAAUGUUCCUUUCUGUGCCCCAAAAGCUGCCAUGUAAUGGCACUGGAACUCUUAAUAUGCUAUCCACUCUAUUGAGAAAAUAAUUAACAUUUUUAUAAAAUUAUUUUUCUCCUCUGAGAAAGAAAAAAAAACUUUAUAGCAAUUUGGUUGCCACUAAGAGAUUGCACAGUCGGUCGACUUUAAACAAUGCUAUUUUAGAUUCCUAAAUAUUUGGGAAGGGUAAAAUCUGAAGUGAAAUACUCAUUAUCAGUUGAAAGGAACUUUGAAAAAAAAGUAUCACUUUAAUUCACAGUUUUUCAACGUACAACAUAAAAUGCAACGGUCAUGUCAGGAAAAAGGAAAAAUCCGAAAAACAUCUUGUGGUAGCUUACUUUGUGUUCUUUCUCGUGGGUGAUCUAGAAGCUCUUUGAUAAGUAGUGUACAUUUCUUUCAUAGCUUUAACUGACUUCCGGGGGACGCCAUUUUGGUGGCACCGGGAGCGUUUGUUUAAUACACUCCAUUUUAGGCCAAAAUCAGGUUUGAGAAAAAAAGAAAAGAAACAAAAAAGUUGUAUACAAGUUCAUGGAGAAAAAAAACUAUUUCAGUCUAGAUAUAAAAAAAUAAUAAAAAAGUUGCAAACUUGCUUUUUAACCUAUUUUAACCACAAAAACCACACUAUUAAGACCUCAGAACCAGGGUGUACAGUAGAGCCGACGGCCGCUGCACUUCACAGCCUGGCCCUCGGAUGGGGAGGCUUGCGUUUCAUUGGGUGAAAAAGCCAGGAGAUGCACAGCUCACUUUACUGUAUAUUCCAAGCAUCUGGCUCUUUUGCUCUCAACUCUUUACCUACGGUUGUGUGUAUAUUUGUACAUUGUAAAAAGACAGAAAAGAAAGACAAGAAACCCCAGCUGUUGUGUGUCGGUCCUCACAUGCGGUGCACUACGAGUCUGAGGAAGAGAUGGACUCUCCUCUGCUUGUGUGUUCCCAUACAGAGCUACAAGACUGAGCUGGUCAUGGUCAACCAGUCACACGUCCCUCCUUUAAGACCCUUUGACAUAUAUUCUCCACAGGCUGCCAUGUGGUGUUGCGCAGAGGUCAAGAGGUCAAAUGUACCAAACAGUGCCACGGCUUAGUAGAGAUAUUUCAAGGUACAUUUUUACUAAUUGAAUAACCAACACCAAAAGUUAUAUCCAAAGUACUGUCGAUGUGACAAAGCCCCAUCCAAUUUGGUUGUCUCUUUCAAAGUCAAGCUGAUUCUCCCACCAAUCUUGAUGCGCUUACUCCUUAUAUUAUGACCAGUUUUAUGAUCAAUUCAUGACUGUUACGUAGCAUCUCCAUUCUCCACUGGUCACAACAAGUCCUCUUACUUUCAGCUGUAACUCUUGGCCUGCCCCAUGUGAAUAUAUCUCAGAGGUUAAGAUCACUUGACACGGGUCAAUGGAAGAAAACAAAGACAUUAGUUUUAUACUUAACCCUCAACCCACCCUCCCUUCCCCAGAUAUGGUAGAACGUUAGACCCCCCCCCCCCCCCCCCCCCCCCGCACACAUCACAACCUCUUCCCUUUUCCCCCUUUCCUCCUCCUAUGCCACAAGCUCACAGUGCCUGCCCGCCCACUGCCUCUCCCUGUGUGUUUGAGUGUGUGAGAGCACACACGUACGUGUACACAAGUAGGCGUGUGUGAUUUCUGUAUCCACGUACCGUAAGAAGGGGGUGUGAGGGUGUGAGCAAGGACUAGCUUCUCUGCUCUGCCAUACACACCCUUGAGUGUGUGUGUGUCUGUGUGUUUUAUAAGUCUGUGUGGCUUUGAUUUGUAUAUACCUGCACACACGUAGAGUGCACAACUGCCACUCUUUGUUUCUUCUAAGCUGUUUUCUAAAUGACACGGCUUACGGCAUAGCAGACUCACAAAUACAGUAGGUCCCCUUUAUUGCCAUAUUAAAGACAAGCAGUAGAUCACUUCAACAAAGUUUUUUUGUUUCAUGUUUUUGUUAUGCUUAUUUAUAGGUGCUGUAUUUUACAUUUUAAUGUCUUAUUUGAUUUCUGUUCAUUAUUGUUGUUAUUAUUGUAUGGAAGGGACUAUAAGGGGUCAUAUAAUAUUUUUUUUUGACUGAUAGACUGCCGGCAGUAUUGGGUUAUACGUACGAGAUUUAGUUGUCAUACAUGUAUAUUUAGUGAUCUUUGAAGACGUUUUGACAGUGUCAUUUAUGUUGUUUGAGCUGAAAUGGGAGAGCACACCCGACAACGUCGUCUAUAGCAUUAUGGUGCAUUCACCGUUCAUGAUUUGAUGCGUCUGUGCAUUUCCAUUUUCCUCUUUCAUUUCAACAAGCAUGAUUGAAAUCAGGUUGACUUAUAUUCUCUUUUGUACAUUUUCCGUGUAUUACUGAACCCAGCACAGGACCGAAGUUGUGGUGGGGCUCAAGAACCAGUAGCAUCUGAAGGUCUGGAACUGCUGUACUUUGGCAUCACCUCUGAAUCUGACACUUAUCUCUGGAGAUUUCCCAGCUUUGUUUGAGGUAGAUUUUUAUCUAAAAUAAGCAGUGAUCACAUCACUAUAUGUGUGCUUAGAUUGAGUGUGACUUUGGCGUUUCCUGUUUAUUGGACUAUAAACUGGGAUGCACUGGCUACAUUUUGUGACGCUCUUUGUACUACGUACACCUACUAUUUAGAAUAUUCAUAUUUCCUCAAUUAUUAUUUGCUAAAUAUAGGUUUAGUUCCUUCAGACAAAAAAAAAUGAUCAAACAACAUUUUUAUACUAACAAUAACACAAGCAGCUGUGUAAAGCACAAGCACUACUGACCAAAAACCUCUUUAAAAAGGGGGGGAAGGCAACUUUACCUUAAAAGAUUGAAUUGCAUGCUCAUGAAUAUUUUCUAUGCCGUUCUGACUUUACAAUAAGUUUAGUCUUUAAAGAGAGAUUAUUGGAUACUUUUUUCAAUUGUGAGCAUUUGGAACACAAUUGGGUCCUGAAUGGCUACUGCUCAGCUGCCCCUCCUACAGCGAAGCUGGUGGUGAUUGGAUCACCUCUGGAGGGGAGUGAUGUUAGCACUGUGUCCUGCAUGGGUCCAAACCACGCUCUCUUCAAGUGACACACUGCCAGUCUGGCUAAGCCACAGCAGUUCCUAUCAGCUGGUUACACUUUUCUACUGAAUUUCAUUGAAGAAAUGUGAUCGAUUGAACACAAACCAAAAAAAUCCAGGAGUGUUGAUCUUUUGAUAAAAGCACAAGUACAUCGACAAGUUUAAGCAAAACAUAAUGGUAUUUAUAUAUAAUGGCUUUUGACGCGUAAAGCUUAAAUUGAUCAUACCCAAAAACGUUACCUUUCAAAAAAGGUAUUGAUCUUUUAGCACUAUUAAAGAGACAUCUUAGCACUUAACCGUCUGCACUCCUUUUCCUUCAGUCUAUAUGUUCAUAGGAUUGCCUUUGCCUUAAAGUGAUCCAGACCAAAGUGUUGAUAUUCUUUUCAGGAUAAACGAAUGCAGUAAGCUGGCUCUUAGACUGAAGUCUUGCACCCAUCCCAUCGUCGUUCUCAUGAGACUUUUCAUCACUGGUCUCCAAGUCUUGUGCAGGCGCCACAUGGAAACAAGCAAUCAUUUUGAUUGGUCUCCCACAUGCUGCGUCUUCAACGCAGCUGUUGACGUCUGUAGCAACGUUGUUUUGUCUGGAAAUACUUCACUGCAGUUGAACAAAAGGGGGCCAGUUCUGUGACUGUCUACAGUCCUGGGCUCCUCCAGAGGUGAUGCCAAGGCAGACUCUUGUAGGCCACAGAUUUAGUAAGAGGUCCACAAUCAAAAGCCCCCCACGCAGAUAGUGGGUAUGGCCCUCAUUAAGAACGAUGCAGGCUUGAGUGUCUGGUAGAGGCACUAAUGAAAUGGAGUUGAUCAGAGGGAUUUCACUUUGCUACUAUUACUAACAUGUCAAGUUGUGCUGUCAUGAUGUCAACUGUUCCCAGCUAUUGCCCGGUUAGGACAGGCGACAUACUUGACAGGCAGUGCUUUUUGAUUGGGAGUUGAAUUUGUGUGGAUUUGUUUUCCUUUAUCUGUUUCUCAUUUGACGCUAAUUGAAGAUUUGAACAGGAGUUGUCUCACUUUUCUCCCCAAAUCAUGUUCUGCUGUCAGUCAUUUUGGAAACAUUGCAUUUAUACUGAACAAAAAUAUAAACGCAACCUGCAACAAUUUCAAAGAUUUUACUGAGGUACAGUUCAUAGAAGGAAAUCAGUCAAUUUAAAUAAAACAUCUGUUCCUAAUCUAUAGAUUUCAUGACUGGGCAUGGGUGCAGCCAUGGGUGGGCCUUGGAGGGCAUAGGCCCACCCACUGGGGAGCCAGGCCCUGCCAAUCAGAAUACGUUUUUCCCCACAAAAGGGCUUUAUUACAGACCGAACUUGUUCUCAACACCCCCACUUCCCCCUCAGGUGAAGAAGACGAAUGUGGAGUUAGUUGGCUGGCGUGGUUACACGUGGUCUGCUGUUGUGAGGCCAUUUGGACGCACUGCCAAAUUCUCUAAAACAACAUUGGAGGCAGCUUAUGGUAGACAAAUUAACAUUCUCUUGCAACAGCACUGGUGGACAUACCUGCAGUCAGCAUGCCAAUUGCACGCACCCUCAAAACUUGAGACAUCUGUGGCAUUGUGUUGUGUGACAACAACUGCACAUUUUAAAGUGGCCUUUUAUUGUCCCCAGCACAAGGUGCACCUGUGUAAUGAUCAUGCUGUUUAAUCGACUUCUUGAUAGGCCACACCUGUCAGGUGGAUGGAUUAUCUUUGCAAAUGAGAAAUGCUCACUAACAGGGCUGUAAACAAAUUUGUGUACAACAUUUGAGAGAAAUAAGCUUUUUGUGCGAAUGGAACAUUUCUGGGAUUUUUUUUAUUUCAGCUCAUGGGACCAACAUAUUACAUGUUGUGUUUAUAUUUUUGUUCAGUGUAGUUUGGUCUUUUGGCCCAGAGUGAAAUGUUUUUGAUCAACCAUCAUGAACUUUAAUUGGAUUUUAUUAUUCAUAGGUCAAUGUGUUUUGGAUUAUUAUUUUAUCGUGAUCAUUAAAGGGGGGUUGUGCACUCUGAGCUAAUGGAAGUCAUUCUGGUUGUAGUAGAAGCAAAAGUGCUUGAAUGAGUUUUUACCUUAUCCUAGUUUUCAAACCGUCUGAACGUCAUUGGUUGUUGUUGAUGUAUACCACGCCUCUUUUCCCUGUAGGUUUGGUUCACAUAUAUGACAUUGCUUUGUCAGACUCCAGUAUUCAAGGACACAAUGCUCCAAGAGGCCACAGUCAUGGAAAUAAUGCCGAUUACAAAGGCACAGAACAUAGACACGGACUAAUAUAACACACCAAUACAUGAGCAAUACAACUUCUGAAAGAGGACCAAAUCAGGCUUGACUACCUGUCUGUGAGUUAUUGUCUAUCACAUGUCCAUGUAAAGAUCAUAUAGAACAGGCCACUCUUAUCAGUCACAAGUUAAUAAAGUCUUUAUGUUGUAGGGAGUCCGAGAGCUAGAGGUCGAUCCUCUUCUCUCUGCUCCUGUUCAUAUGUAUAUUUCUGCUAUUGACAGGGAAAGGUUUUCUUUAAGUGUUUGUCAGUUUUGUAGACACAGAGUUGUCUGUAGCUUUCUGAAUGAACGGGUAAGAUUCUGAGUAUCAUGAAGAAUUAGGGGAUGGGAUUUCAGUGGAACCCUGGAGGAAGCACCCAAAGCUACACUGGUUUAUACAGUACAGAGGGCAUUUUGCUACACUGGUUCAUACAGUACAGAGGGCAUUUUGCAUGUGUUUGUGCAGUUUUUUUGUGCUACAAUUCCUUUCUGUUUAUUCAUGUUAUUUUUCUGUUGCUAAGAAAAACACAGUUCGAUCCAUUCGAGUCCAAUGUCCAGUUAAACAGUGUAUAAUUUGUUGCAGAAUCUAUACGAUUCUUUUUGGACGAAUUUCAGGAAUUUGCCCUUUGCAAAUAUUUUUCUAUAGAACUAAAGCAGAUUGCUAUCAAUAUUAUAUACACUGUCAUAUACAAUUGUACAGAUGAAAUAUAUCCUUAUAGCAAGUUGUUAAGCAUUACUAUGGGUUUGUUUUUUGUUAUUACUGUCAACGUAUUGGUAGUUCUCUCUGUAGGGUUUGUGUCCAUUAGGUUUUUAACUGUUUCUUUUUAUAUUGGGACUACGAAAACUUCACACUUCUGUAAGAUCGACUACAAGGAUUGUUGCAGAAGUUUUAGCAUUAGCCAGCGUUGGUCUCAUGGCGUUUGUGUAUCAUUCAUUCACAUUUCUAAUAUGACCCUUCAAUCAUUUCAUAACCUUGUGGUAUUUGUGAGACAAACUUUAACCCAGCACACAUUAAGACCAAUGCCUUGAUUCUCAUAGAAGCAUAUACAGAAUCAUAUAAUGUCAUUGUACAUCACCACCCCCAAUCUAUACUUACUUUUAUUUAUACUAUAUACACUCCUUUUGCCUUAUUGGAUCUCCUUAUUCAAUGUCAAGAGCCACUGGUCGUGACAAAAUAUUUUUGACAAUGUUUGCCAAAAGUUUGAUGAAAAUCUGGAUUUAUUUGCUUUUGAUUUGCCUUCCCAUUUUGAUUGGAGAUUUGAUUUGAACAUGAAUACGUUUCAUUCUUACUCUCGUUUCGUUUUGUUUGUGUUUAGUCUCAGAAGUCAGCCAGGGACAGUAGGCUUAUUGUGAUUGUGAGGAGUCAGAAGUGGCAUGUUAAUAGAGUUUGGAUGCCAGUGACGUUGGAAAUGGAGACUAUAAUAAUGGUCAACAACAACGUCAUUAAUCAUGUCAUAUUCAAUUUGGAUUAUGUACGUAAGGUUCAUAAUACUCUAUGCAUUACAGGUCAACCAAUGUCCAUUGAAUCUAUCACUCAGUGGUAGUUGACAUAUAGGUCAACAAUGAAUAACUAACUAUAUGAUACAUUUUUACACUGACUAAAUGUUGGUUGUGUUCCAUGGGUUUUGAACCAUUCUCGACCAACUCCAAACGGACAACUAAUUUGGCCCCCUUAUAGUUGACAACCAAUAUUGUGUUUUUUGAAAGCUGCGUAAUUAGCGCUUUAGUGAAAGAGUCAUGAUAGAACUACAUCACCCACAGUCCUUUGCUGCUACCUUGCUGUCUAGUCAAAUGAGAAUGUGCCAUGAUGGCAUUGUCUAAGACCUAUAUAAGAUGGGUGUCCAUGGAGUCCCGUCUCUCAGUUCAGAUCUGUCUCCAUACUCACAUUUACAUGCUCCCAAAGCCUCAACUGACUGUAUGAAUUUAGAACCAGACACAUUGUUUCUAAACUGCUGAAGUCAUCAAGUUUGUCUUGGUUUCUCAACUCCAAUUCACCUUGUUUAGCCAUGUGCUAUAUCCAAGUCUAAGAUAAUUGAUUUUAAAUGUUGUCGUGUUAUCUGAUUCUCAUUGACUCAUUUCGUUCAGAACAAAGCUAGCCAUACUCUCCAAUGGUUUUGUCUCCUCGCCUUUACUAUUAAUUACCCUACCAGGUUUAUAAGCAACCUUUAUUUUCAGCUGAUGAGUUUGAAACUGGGACUCUACUUUUACCAAGCGUUUGAGAAGUCUGAGAGUGUGCCCACUCUCUCCUUCAAAGUGCCAGAGGUCUCCAACUUUCUUGUGUUUGGUCAGGCUGCCAUCUCACUAUCAGUUUAUCUACUGUAAUGUCAAGUUGCUGACUUUCAGUACAUUGUGUAUAUAAUAUCUGAAUAUACAUAGGUCAUGUUGUUGGUCAAAUGUCAUUCAAUAGCAGAACUUGAGAAUGCCUGUUAAAAUAUACCAGUGCUUCCCAACUCCAGUGAUCCAGUACCUCCAACAGUACACAUCUUUGUUGUAGUCCUGGACAAGCACACCUGAUUCAACUUGUCAACUAAUCAUCAAGCCCUCAAUGACUUUAAUCUACAACAAAAAUGUGUGCUGUUAGGUGUAAUUGAGGAGUUGGGAAACACUGCUAUUGACACUAGAUUUUUGGAAAUAAUUGAGACGAACAGGUUUUUUUGUUUGUUUGCUUUUCCUUAAAUUGGUGGAAGAAGAUGAAGAUGUUUUACCGUGUUGUCCACUGCUGGAGAGACAUUUAAGUCCCUUGAAUAAUAAGUUUAUUGCAGAGCUCUUGUUUUGGCAAAAUAAAUGCCAGUAUGAUGGAGACCUUAGACCUUGUACAGAUAUGGCUUCCAUAGACAUUUGAUUUGUGCAAUUUCAUUUAUUUUGAAGGUUAUGUGAUUAGUUUUUUUUAAACCAAACUUCACAUUGAAGCUACCAUAUGUUGCAAAAUACAUUUUAAAAAUCCCUUCAACCAAAAAAAAGUGUCUUUCUCAACGAAGAGUUGGCACUUCCAACUGAAGAGUUACAGCGCAAUUCACUUUUUCUCCAACACUUCACUUUUUGAAUUCUAGCUUGACAUGGGGUAAAAUGACACCCAGUGGGGGUUUAGGCAUUCAUAUGGCGUUGCGUGUGUAUAUGUGUGUGGCGCAUUGAGCGGCUCUUAUGCAGUUAAGGGCUGCAGUUUCCUUCUCUUUUAGUUUGUGUCCUCUCUUUUUACUGACUGCUUUUGAAGUGAGGAAACCUCCCUCCAUCUCAGCUGGUCUAAUUGUCUCUCUCAAAGCUCAGGUGGAAACUACUUUUAGCAGAGUUCUUGUCACUAUCACUGGCCACAACAGUGCUCUUCCUCCCCCUCUUCAGUCCAGAGAGAGGUUUAGCUAGUUGCUGUCCGCUGAUAUAUUUUUCUAUGGCGUGAUUCUAGGCCUCAUGAUCAUUGGCAAUGAGAGGGUGACUCUUCCUUCACAGAAAAACAUGUAUCUCUUCCAGUUUCAGUUGUUCUCUCAUGUUGUUUUCAUCUAGUUCCUUUUUAUUUGGUCAUUUAAGUCAUGUAGUCUGUUCUCAGCACUGUAAGACAGUCCCUAUAGAAUAUGGAGAGGCAAUAUCACUGUAUGAAACUCACAAUGUAUUAUUGUUGUUAUUAUUAUUGUUAUUAUUAUUCACUAGCACCCUAGGUGUGAUAAUUGAAGUAAAUAUCUUUUAUACAAACACAAA